ACACUUUAACCUUUGCUUUAGGUAAGAUUUUCUUCAAGCAAAUAUGUCAGAGAACUCCACUGAGUUGGUUAACUACCCUGACAAGGGCCAAGCUUUCCUUCCUGCAAUUCCCAUGAUUCCUGGAAACAGAGUGAAUCUUCUAGAAAACCGGUUGUCCAGUCAGGAGAGGACCACAGCUGUUCUCCUAGAUCAGGCAUUUCGAAUCAAAGAUGACAUUGUUUCUUAUCUUAAAGGAAGUAAGGGCCAUCAACAGGGGGAGACAACAGCACGACAACUGCUGGAAAACCACAUACAGACUAUUACAAGCAUAGUUAAGAAGCUCAGCCAUGAUAUAGAGGUUUUGGAGAAACAAAUAAGAACAAGAGAUAAUGUUACAUCAGGAACAACUUUUGCUGUUCAAAGUUUGGACCAUAAAUACCUACAUGGAUUUGGGGACUUGCGUGGAAGGGUGGCCAGAUGUGAUGCGAGCAUUGCAAAGCUAUCUGGAGACAUAAAUAUCAUCAGGCACGAGAUACAGAGGCUAGAGAAAGAGAUUGGUGGCGUCCGCUCUACCUCGGAAAGUUAUGCUAAUAAUUUAGAAAUGAAGGUAAUGCGGCUAUUAGACAAGCUUGAGACUUCCAACUCUGAGCAAAGCUCUCAUUUAAGGACAGUCCAGGGGGAUCAACACCAUGAAUUGCAACUUCUGGAUUUCAAGGUGAAUAGUCUUUUAAAUGACCUCCGGGAUCAAAUUCAGGACCAACGAAAGUGGACAGAAACCCAGCUGAGGCGAUCUGAACAAGAGCAAGCCUACAAUACAAAUCAAUUUCUUAAUGCAGUAAAGGAGAGACUGGAAGCAGCGGAAAAGAAACUGGAAGAAAACGUGCACCUCUCGCUAAAGCUAGAGAGUACCAAUAAACCACAGCAAUAUGAAAUGGUGCUGAGCCAAGUGAAAAAAUAUGAAAAUAAACUGCAUGCAAGAAUUACUAGAUUUGAAAGACAGAUCUGGAAUGAGCUGGAGGAAAUCCAGAAUGAAUAUAGAUCAGAAUUUCAGUCCAUUCAUGAAGCUCUCAACUCACUCCAACAAAUACAGACGACAAAACUGAAACUAGAAAAAAAGAAAUUCCAGAAAGACAUUAAAAAAAUACGAUGCAAGGUAUCUGAACUUCAGGAAGAUUGAAGCUUUUCCAACAUUUGCAGUUGUUCUCUCAACCUAACAGGACUGUUGACUUAAAGACUGAAACAAAGAAAAAUCUCAUGUCUCUAUAGCAUGUUACUGCUAUCCUUAAAUCAUAUUUUAUAAUAGAGCCUUCAUAAUCUAAUGCAACACUAAAGAAAAUCAGUUUUGGUGAUUUUGUCUUGUUUUAAUAUGUUGAAGCAAGGUCAGUGGGGCAAGAAAAUAAAUAUUAAGGACUGACAAAUUUGAAAAGGAUAUUUCACAAAAAAUAAGCUCUUAUUUGGGGAUUUUUAGGAUCCACCUGUCCAUGUAACUCCCUGAAAUUCUUAAGCAUAACAAGCCCACUUCUGGUCUGAAAUACACUGGAUUUACACUGGUGCAACUAAAAUCAAAAUUAGGCCUAGUAAAUUCUCACAGUACUGUUCUAUGCACAUACAUUAAGCCUAUUAAUAUUAAAUGCUAAUUGAAGGAAGAAUAGCAAUCCUCACCUCAGUCUCUCUAGAAUAUAGCAGAACAUUUACUGAAUGUAACUUGGGUUGGAGAAAAAGAGAAGUUGAGUCAUUCUAUGCAGCUAAGGAAACUGGUGCAAGUGAUAGAUCAAAGGCAAGAUAAUGAUAAUUUUUGCAUUAAAAGAAAUAUGGUAUCUAUUUCCAAGGUGCUUUUCUGGUUCUUGGAAAAAGGUGAUGGUUAUACCUAGGUUCUUGAUUAUUAAAGUGGGUAAAAUAAAAUCUUACAUACAUUUUUAUCUACUUCAUCUUUAAAAAAAGAAACAACCCUGAAAUAAAUUUCCCUGGUAAUUCAGGAUCCAGGAUUCUAAGGCACUAGUACACACUAAAUUCCAGUCCCACUGACAUCAGAGACAGUUUUGCCAGGGUUUGCUGGGGAGGGGAGGGAGAAUGACUACAAUGCAGUUGUGGUAGAUAUUCCGUCCCACAACUGAUAAAUUCAUUGUCUCUGAGCCUCUCUCCAGCAAAUCAAAUGGGACAGAACUCAGAUAAUCCUAGUGGCUCUGGUUUUCCAUGUUUGUCUAGGACAGCACACAUGGAAAAGUUUCUCAGGCAGGGGCCCAGCGUAGCCUCUUUAACAGCAUGGUUGAUGAAGGGGCCUCAGUACAAAUAACGGGAGAAUCCAAUUCAGUAACAAAUAUACUUUUCUUGCUGCAAGGAAACCUUCCUUUUCUAUGGUAUAUGCAAAACACUAGAAUCACAACAGGAAAUGGUGUAAAAACAAAAAUAGUGCCCAGUGUCAAAUGCAUUCCUUCUGUGUUUCAGUUUUGGUAAGUUUGACUCAUGUUGGGCCUUGCAGGUAGCACUCUUAUGAGACAGGUGUCUGCACUUAACACUGUUCGCUGCUCCCAUCUUGGCAACCCUUUAAGAUCACAUCACUCUGUGUGUCACACAUUUUCAGGGAACAGCAGAAAAUCUAUAGUGCCACCUGGAAUCCUAAUAUACUUCUACAGACCCUUACCCAGCUGUCUUCUGAACUCAUCCUAUAGGUCUUAUGUUAUUCCCUGCCUAUGAAGGUGACACUACUAGGUGCCACAAUGUUACUUGUAUCAGCCAUGAAAUUAUGGGAAAAUAUAGGGCCACGGAGGAAUUUAUUCCAAAGUAGCACAUUAUGUCACAGAUGUUUGGAUGGAUCCAGAGCAUCCUACACAGAACCUAAACCUGACACAGGGGGAAGACCAUGGCUGCAGGUGUGCAGACUUGCUCCUUUGUACUCUGGCAUGAAGGCAGGCGUAAUCUUGUCCAAAGUAUUGAUUUGCAUUGUUACACUGCAAGUUUGAGACAUAAUUUAGAAUUAAAAUCUCAUGUGAAAUAAAUGUGCUAUACGAGCUUCAGUAUUGCUAUUGUUGAUUGGGCAGUCGUCGUGCAAAAAGACAUGAUCACAACCUUCUAGUCACAUUUUCCUCAUGAUCAAAUUUAUACUCAUCUUCGCAUCCUGCCAAAGGUUCUUGGCUGUUCACAGCUCUUCCGCAUUGGUUGGCUUUGUGGAAGGCAUAUUAGUCUGGCCAGAUGGCAAGGCAGGUAACAGAAUUCAAGGCCCAAUCUUGGAAGUUCACAUCCAAUAAAAAUGUAGGACUGGGCCUUAUGCUUUUAAAAAAAGCAUAGUUUGGGCUAAAAUAUUAUUUUUACAUGGCAUUAAACCAAAAGAUAAAUUCCAGAGCUAUAGUCAGCUCAAAGUAUUUUGGAGUGUCAGAUAAGCGUAACCCCAUUUGCAGAACAAGUGGAGAUAUUUGUUACUAUUGUUUCUUGACAAUCAAAACUGCUUUUAUUGGUUAUAAGGCUGUUCCUUUCCCUCACAGAUGCUUUGCUUUCAUUUAAACUAUACAGAAUACCAAAAUACAUUAGAUCAGUGUGCUGGUCAUGUUUUGUGAUUUAAUUUUGUGUGAAACAAUUUUUGAAUAAGAAAAUUCUAUUUGGUGAAAGUAUUAUUGAGGGGUGGUAUGCUUACCACCUCUGAAAAG